GGCACCAAUAGUGCCGGUCUCCAUGGAGCAGCUCCCUCAUCCAACAAGAUCCCAGUGGGGGAUCGGCCUCCACUGGGGGUGGAGGAUGCUGUAAAGAGAGGCCGAGGCCCAGGAUGAGGCGCUGGAAGGCGGCGGCCCUGGUGUCGCUUGUCUGCAGCUCCCUGCUGUCGUUCUGGAUGUGCCAGGAGGGUCUGCUGCUGGGCCACCGCCUGGGACCUGCGCUCGCACCGCUGCGACGCCCGCCACGCACCCUGGACGCGCGCCUCGCCCGCCUGGCGCAGUACCGAGCUCUGCUGCAGGGCGCCCCGGACGCGGUGGAGCUUCGAGAACUUUCCCCCGGGUCGGGCACGCGCCCCUGCGGGCUGCGCGAGCUCGAGGUGCGCGUGAGCGAGUUGGGCCUGGGGUACACGUCGGACGAGACGGUGCUGUUCCGCUACUGCGCAGGCGCGUGCGAGGCGGCCCUGCGCAUUUACGACUUGGGGCUGAGGCGCCUGCGCCAGCGGAGGCGCGUGCGCAAGGAGCGGGUGCGCGCUCACCCGUGCUGCCGCCCGACGGCCUACGAGGACGAGGUCUCCUUCCUGGACGUGCACAGCCGCUACCACACGCUGCAAGAGCUGUCGGCGCGGGAGUGCGCGUGCGUGUGACGCUACCUCACGCCCCAGCCCUGGGGGCCACGCCGACCCUCGCGAGAACUGAAUUCACAUAAAAUGUGGGAACCUA